AUGGGCUGGAUGCCAGUCCAGCGGGUGCCUGCAGAUGUCUCAUGCCACCUCGGCCCGCUAGUUCUAGUUCGCGAACAUGUGAAGAUCGACAACGACCUCAUCUCAUCUAUCUGCACCGGUGACCAGACUAUGCGUCUUCGUCACCUGCCGCUACCAGACCCAUCAUCCUACAAGCACGCCGGAAACCUCCAGUCGCACGUUGUAACCGCCUUUCUCGCCCACAAAGCCAGCCCGGCCACUGUCCCAGCACCUAAACCCACCAUCAUAACUUUCGAACCGCAUCCUAUCUAUACCUGCGGUCGGCGAGAGGUCGGUCACGUCUCGAAAGAGCAGAUCGAGUAUCUGGAGAAACCAAUCAAGGGGCUUGGACGUGGUGCAAAAUUCGCAGAAGCCUUGCGAGGCGGGCAGACUACUUUCCAUGGGCCGGGACAACUUGUCGCAUAUCCAAUACUCGACUUGAAACGACAUGGUCUGACUGCGCGAUGCUAUGUGAACCUGCUUGAGGAGGCGGUGAUAGCCACCUGUGCGAACUCCGGGGUCAAGACUCAGCGAACAGAAAACCCAGGUGUAUGGACGGAUGAGCUACACAAGAUAUGUGCGCUAGGCGUGCAUAUGAGACGGAAUAUCAGCAGUCAUGGUAUCGGGUUGAACGUGGCUACGGAUCUACGAUGGUUCGACAAGAUCGUGGCAUGUGGGCUGGAGGGGAAGAAGACCACCACUCUGCAGGCGCAGGGGGUGGAAGAGGUUGGAGUGCAGCAGGCGGGGCAUGUGUUUGUGCAGGAGAUGGUGCGGCUGUUGGGUGGCAUCGAGGGAGUGGAUAUAAUUGCGAAAGAGGAUAUUGGGCACGGCGACGUUGAAAAAGAUGGUGUAGCUUCUCCGUCGUCUUGA